AUGACACAACCCGCCCCCACCCUGCCCCCAAACGUCACCAUAUUCAACCCCAAAUCCCGCUCCACCGCACAGUCUCUACUCCACGGCCGCCGCUUCACGCGCCUCUCAGCAAGCGCCUCCACAUCCCCCGAGCAGCUCUCCAAAGCGUUACGCUCACAUGCCGGGCUCGAUGAGACAUUCUACUUCAGCCAUGGUCGUGCUGUUUUGAUUUUCCAUGGUGGUGAUGGGACGGAAGGAGGGGAUGCGCACCUGGAGAACGCCCAUCAUGAGCAUUUUCGAGCCGUGUGCUUGGCGCUCAAGGACGCGGAUAUCGGGCUCGAUGUUGCCAAGUGCGUGCACGACGCCGAGAGCGUGUUGCAAGCGGGGUAUCAACUCGAUGCGAUGAAUGACGGGUCGGUGCUGGUGAUUGAUCUGAUGCAUACGGAUGACGAAGAUGAUGUGGACAGUGAGGAAGAGGAUGAGGGGCCAACGCGAAGGACGGGCCAUGAUGACGGUACGGUACCAGAGAAAGAUGUCGAAAGGUCAUGA